AUGUCUCAAAUAUCUUUGGAAAUACGACAACCAAUUUUAAACGAAUUGGAGUUUUUACGUACAACGGGUGCUAAAAUAUUCCUAUUUCCUUUCAUAGGACGAACGAAGUAUCAAUUAUUUGGAUUCUACGCAAUAAAAUUUCUAGUUACAUGCACUACAACUCAGUUGUUCCUAACGUUAUGCCAUACUGGCUUCAAAGAUUUCUUCGAACUAAUCAAUAUUGCACCAAAUUUAGGAGUAUGUGCGAUAUCCGCUAUAAAAUAUACGAAAAUCCACACAAAUAGAGUAUUGUACGAUGAAAUAUUUUGUCAUUUUAAAAAUGAUUUCUGGGAUAUCGUUUCAAUUAAUUCUAAUGCACAUAUGAAAGUGUUGAAGAGAUACAAAUUUAUAUCUAUGAUUGUUAAUAGAUUCAUAUUUUAUUAUUCUAUUCCUCUUAUAAUUGUUGUGAAUUCAUUUCCAUUUCUUGUAAUGACGUAUGAGAAUAGGGUGCUCGGUGAAGAUUUGCAUUACCUUUAUCCCUUUGACGGGUGGUAUCCUUUUGACAAAGUGAAGUGGUACUGGGGCGCAUACAUAUGGGAAAGUUGCAUGACUGCCCUCGUCGUUUGUGUUUAUUUAUUUUCUAACAUGAUGCAAGCUACUUAUAUCUUAUUCAUUUGUAUGGAGCUAAAAAUCUUGGGACAUAGCCUCGAAGAAUUGAUAAGUACAGAGGACGUGAAAAUUUUAAAAAGAGGAAAUUGUAACGAUAUUCAUGGAAGAGUUUUAUUUCAGCUGAAAAUUAUUAUUAAAAGACAUCAUCGUCUUGCAACGAUGUCUGCCUCUCUCGACAAAGUUUUAGGUGACGCAAUGUUGCUCAAUUACUCGCUUGGGGCGAUAUUUAUUUGUCUUACUGCAUACACUUUUACAGUAGUAGAUGACUUUUAUCAGUCCGUACGUUACUUUUCCUUCUUCAUGUCAUUGCUCGUUGAGAGUUUCAAUCAGUGUAUAGUUGGACAAAUUUUAAGCGACCAUAGCGAAGACUUGACUGAAUCGAUCUAUUCAGCAGACUGGCCGAAUGCAAGCCAAGAGGUGAAAAAAAUCAUGCUAAUGUUCAUGAUGCGAACUCAGAAACCAUUUAAACUAACAGCUAAUGGCUACCUUGUUAUGAACCUGAACACAUUUAGCGCUAUAUGUAGCACUUCUUAUCAAUUCUUCAAUUUGUUGCGAACAGUUUACCCUUAG